AUGAGGUUCUCCCUCCUGGCUACCGUAGCGCUUGGCGCAGGCGCUGCUGUCGAAGGGCAUACGAUCUUCCAGAAAGUGUCUGUGAAUGACCAAGACCAGGCCGAGCUUGUGGGCCUCAGGGCUCCCGACAACAAUAAUCCUGUCCUGGAUGUGACAAGUGACUCGUUGAUCUGCGGCACGGCUGGGACCACCUCAACCACGGUCAUAUCGGCCGAGCCAGGUGACAAGAUCGGGGCGUGGUGGCAACAUAUCAUCGGGGGGCCGCAGGGGGCCAACGACGCCGACAACCCCAUCGCGUCGAGUCACAAGGGACCAGUAAUGGCAUAUAUGGCGAGGGUGGUCAAUGCGGCCACGUCGCCGCAGACGGGACUGCAGUGGUUCAAGAUCAGCUCGGAUGGGUUCGACACGUCGACCAAGACAUGGGGCGUAGAUGACAUGAUCGCCAAUGAUGGCUGGUCGUACCACACGCUCCCCAGCUGCCUGGCGCCAGGCCAGUACCUUCUGCGAGCCGAGAUCAUCGCGCUGCAUUCGGCAUACGCCCAGGGCCAGGCGCAGUUCUAUAGCAGCUGUGCUCAGCUGGAGGUGGGCGGCAGCGGCUCGACAAACUUCUCGUCGACGGUGAGCUUUCCUGGAGCGUACACGGCCACAGACCCCUCGAUCCUGAUCAACAUCUAUGGGCCGACGGGGCAGCCUGACAAUGGGGGCAAGCCGUAUACGCCGCCAGGUCCGGCUGUAGUGACGUGUUGA